GACUGUCCAACAUCUGAUCGCGGCUGCACAGGACUUGCAGUCAGCUUGCUGGAGAAGGUCUACAAAUUUAAAGUCAUGCAGCAUAGAGGCACGAACUGAAAGGAUUGUCAUAGUGUUCAGCAAUGGUCCGCCGUGUGGCAGUGGUUGGAGCAGGCAGUUCAGGUCUGGCCUGUAUCAAGAUCUGUGUGGAUGAGGGCCUGGAACCUGUCUGCUUUGAAAGCAGUGAUGACAUUGGCGGUCUGUGGAGAUUUAAGGCGUCACCUGAGCCAGAGCGAUCCAGCAUCUAUCGCUCCUUGGUGGUCAACACCUCAAAAGAGAUGAUGUGUUUCAGUGACUUUCCUAUGCCGGCUGACUAUCCAAACUACAUGCACAACUCUCAGCUCCUGCAGUACUUCAGGCUCUAUGCUGAGCACUUUCACUUGCUCAGAUACAUUAACUUUCAGACCACAGUGAGGAGUGUUACACAAAGACCGGACUUCUCUCUGUCCGGUCAGUGGGAUGUAGUGACCAUAAACAGGGAUGGAGCAGAAGAGAGGCACGUCUUUGAUGCAGUUCUGGUGUGUUCAGGUCACUACACCCAUCCAGCCUUACCCCUGUCAGACUUUCCAGGAUAUGAGACGUUUUCUGGCAGGUGUUUUCACAGCUGGGAAUAUAAAGAUGCAGAUGCCUGCAGAGGACAGAGGGUGGUGGUGGUUGGCAUUGGCAAUUCUGGAGGAGAUAUUGCUGUGGAGAUUAGCAGAUCUGCAGAGAAGACAUUUCUCAGCACACGACAUGGGGCCUGGGUAAUUGGCAGAAUGUCUGCCAAUGGUCUUCCUCUGGACAUGACAGCUAUCACCAGGUUCAACAACAUCCUCAUGCUGCUUCUCCCCAAGACUCUGGUCAACUGGGCAGCAGAGAGAGCACUGAACCACAAAUAUGACCACAGACUGUACAGCCUGAAGCCCAUACACAGACUUUUGGACCGAAGGCCUUUGAUCAAUGAUGAUCUUCCUGGCCGAAUCCUUCAGGGGGCGCUAGUCAUGAGGCCCAACCUAAAAGGGUUUAUGGAUUCAGGAGUUGUAUUUGAAGACGGCACAGUGGAGGAGAACAUUGAUGCUGUGGUCUUCUGUACAGGUUACAUCGGAAACUUCCCAUUCCUGCCUCCAGCUCUGUCUGAGGGGCCUCACGGAGAGUUGACAUUGUACAAGAGAUUGUUUCCUCCAUCUCUACAAUGCCCCACACUGGCCAUCAUGGGACUUUUCCAAACAAAAGGACCAAUCAUGCCCAUAGUAGAAAUGCAGGCACGAUGGGCUGUUAGGGUCUUUUCGGGUUUGAGCCAUCUUCCAUCUAAGGAGAAAAUGCUGCAACUCAUUGAGUCUGAGAGAAAGAGAAACAUGAAAAGCUAUCCCUGCUCACAACAGGCUGCUCUCCAGGUGGAUUACAUCCCAUACCUGGAUUUCAUGGCUGAGGAGGUGGGAGUUCGACCAAGCUUCUUGAUGCUACUUCUGAGAGAUCCCGUGCUCUGGGUGAAGGUCUUCUUUGGUCCCUGCACUCCAUAUCAGUAUCGUCUCACUGGACCUGGACAAUGGGCCGGAGCCCGACACGCUAUCCUUACUCAGUGGAAGCGGGUUGCUCAGCCUUUCAGAACCAGAGCGAUACCAGAACCAGAGCCCAGGCCAUCUGUCCUUUUUUCCUUCUGGCUACUCACAUUUGGAGGAAGCGUGGUGAUGGCUUUGCUUCUGUCUAAAAAUAAGUUAAUUCCGGCGCUGCAGGGUGCUACUCAGAUUCUGGACAGGAGCAGGAUUUUUCUGAGGGACAGCUGGUUUACUGGUUAACCACAAGAACAUGAUGUCAAAUUUGUGAGUAGACACUUCUUAUAGAUCCACUGUGAUAAAUAAAUAAAUAUGCAAAAUUAUCUGAAAUACAAUAAAACAGAGAUAGUACACAGGUCUGGGAACUGUACAGUCAUUUACAGUCAUUGGUGCUUUCUUUUUGGGUUGGCGUACUGAGAGAAAGACAGCCUCUGACUUUUGAUGUGGUAUACAAAUGCCAUAUAUGUAAUAAUGUGGUGUUGUAAAAUUGUAAAAUUAUUUUACGCUCUUCUGACAAAUGUGUCACUCAGACUUAGCAACCACCAGAAACAAACCUUUGACCUCUACGAAAGACUUGUGCCAGUUCAGGACAGGGGAGUAAAUCAGGUCGAAUCCCACACAUUUUGUAACUGUAUGGGAUGAUCUUGUAUCAUAUUGUUAUCUUCAGAGAGUGGUUAAGCCCGUCCCAGGGUGGUGUUACUUUUCCUUCCGCCCUACUCUCCAUUUCUCACCCAAGCAGAGGAAUUCUUUCCCCCCUGUAGGUUGAAAGUUCGCGAUCAGAUGUCCCUCUUGGACACAAUGAAUGCUGGAUGUCCGGACAUAUCUGCAGAGGAUCGCCACGGAUGGAUCAGGCAUGCAAAAAGGUUCAUUUCCAAGGUGUACUGCAUGAGAGGAAAUAAAGUGAUGUGGAUGAGAACUUGUGGCCAAAUGAAAAAGACAGGGUUGCCUAGUGCUGUAGUAUUUCUAUAUUUGGAGCUAUUUUCUACAAGUAUACAUACAGGGAAUUGGGUAUUUAUAGUUUUGUAUUGCAUUAUUGGAAUUCCUUUGGUUGCAUUUUCUGCACUUGGGAUUAUUCCAUGCAAUAAUGGCAACAAAAAAAAACAUUGAAUGAAGCAUAUCGCAGCAAGUCCGAUUCAUCUCUUUGAAAUUUACAGUAAGGUAGCAAGGUCCUUGCUAUAAGGUAAUGCCCUUCUUUUUUUUCUAAUGGAAUCUUGCUUCAUACUAAAUGAAUAAAACACACCUCAGAGACAAUAAUGACUGCAAUGCUGCUGCCUGCUGUUAGAAUUUGGAAUGACAAGGUUUUCUUGUGGCCAGACAAAUAUUAUCAGUGUACCUUUACAAGAGUCGAACCUGAAAUGUGUAUGAAGUGUUUGGUUGCGUUGUGAGAUUAACCAGUGUCCGGAGCUGCAUGUCGGUGAAGACAACUGUGGGAACAGUUUUGAAAAAGUGAACUCAGAAUAGAAAAAAAUGUGUGUUACAAGCAGCAACUGAUCUGACAAGUCAGCGGUUGUAAGUGAAACUAUGCCCAUUAGUUCAUGUGACUUAUGUUUCAGUGCUCUCGUUGCAUUUGUAAUAAAAAGAUGCGUUGAACCUCAAAUGGGCAAGAUGUGGGAAGAGAUGAUCCGAGCUUGCAGGUCAUCAUUCACCUUAAAAAUCCUAUAAACAGAACAGUAGAUAGCUGUGUAUGAAAAUCAUGGGUAUAAGUAGUGCCUCAGUAACACUUACUUAUGUAGCCCAACCACUCAUUUCGGAUUGAGGGUUUAUUGAGUGAGGGUAUACUAAAGUAACUAACAAACCUGGCCAUAACAUAGAGGACUAGUUAGCUUAUUGCAUUAGCUAUACUGUUAUUGUGAGCUUAAAACUCCCAUGUAUCAUACACCCUUAUUUUUACCACAUUAAUCACAUUACAAUCAAACAUGAAUAAAUAUCAAACCACAAGCAUUGGAUGCAAUAACAGAAAAAAUAUUUAGUAAAAAACCAAGGUAGUUCACACCUUUAAAAUGCCCUGAUGACCUCAAAGAAAUCAUUAUUACAGCAGUUCUCAGUACUCAUCUUCGAACUCGACUUUGUGUGUGUGUGUCAUCAUGGCAAAUUGUGUUCCUGGAGACACCUACUGUAGCGGGAAGUACCAAGAAGGUGUUUUUGGGUACUUUGGCACAUGUUUAUAUGUCUUUCUGUCUGUCUGUGUGGGUAGUGUAAUUAAGAUCAAAAUGAAGGCCGAGUUUAAAGGUGGGUGGGGUCCGAGCUAGGGUACCGGAAGUAGUGGGGUUGGAAGCAGGGAAGGGGCCAUUGGCCCCCCACUUUACGCCCCUGGCCAGUUCUUUUUAAUUCGCAGAUCACUGUAUCCCGGUUUCAAUCAUUCCUGUCCCCUCCAAGACAUCAGGUAAAACCACAGACCAUCUUGCGAUGGACUCACACCAGCUGCGACGCCUGUCCGUAAUGUAGCAAUGACUACUGGGUGCUCAUGGGCGGGAAUGUCGACAUGUUGACGUGUGUCAUGGUGUGAUAACAUCAAAAGAUGGUCUCCAGUUGGUUAUUGAUUUUGUUAUUGUGUCAUGCACAAACAAUAUGGCUGGCCCAAACUGGCUUACAAGAUGCCAUUAUUUAGAAAAAGACCCCAGAUCCAGAGCAGCAAAAAAAAUUACAGAUAAUACUAAACAAAUAAACCCUCCUGAUGUUUUCUGCAAGUCUUAGAGACAAAUGUAGCCAUGUAAUUAAGCAUUUAAACUAAACAACCAUUUCUUUCUGUCACGGUCAGUGCAUCGAAACUUUUCAAUUCUAAACAGUCAUUUCACUAAGUAUAGAUAUUCUUAACUCAUCAUAA